UUGUGGGGUGGUCGAGUUUUCGCCGCUGAUUAUUUACUUACGUUAGCAGUGAGGUGUUGAUAACGAAACACGAUGACGUGUGCUUUGCCGUAAGUGAAAGUAACUUAUUAGUGGUAGGAGCGAUACGCGUAGGCCUUCAAUAUCUGUUGUGUAUUGUAGCAACUGCAGUCUGCCGCGAACCGUGGUUUUGUACGCUCGGGUCCAUUAUAACGUUCUGCUUCGUUUACGAUGUGUGGAAUUUUUGCAUAUAUUAAUCACCUAACGCCUAAAACUAGGCGAGAAAUAUUAGAAUUGUUAGUUACUGGAUUGAAACGAUUGGAAUACCGUGGGUAUGAUUCAGCAGGCGUAGCUGUAGAUGCCGCUGAUCAGAAAGACAUAGCUGUCCUUAAACGAAGUGGCAAAGUAGCCGCUCUUGAAGAACUGUUGCAGGAGCACAGCAUUGAUCUAUCAGUAGAAGACUGUGUGGAAUCGCACUGCGGCAUCGCACACACGAGAUGGGCUACUCACGGUGAACCCAGCGCUGUCAACUCUCAUCCUCAGAGAUCUGGCGAAGACAACGCUUUCGUUGUCAUUCAUAAUGGAAUCAUCACUAACUACAAGGAAGUUAAAACUUUUCUUGAGAACAAGGGCUACACCUUUGAAUCCCAAACUGAUACGGAGGCCAUUGCCAAGCUGAUUCAUCACCUGUACAACCAGCACAAAGAUUACAGUUUCCAGGAGUUAGUUGAACAGGUAAUUCAGCAAUUAGAAGGUGCUUUUGCUUUGUGCUUCAAAUCUCGUUAUUUUCCAAAUGAGUGUGUGGCAACCCGCCGUGGUAGCCCUUUGCUUGUGGGAAUCAAAACUCGUCGUCGUCUCUCCAGUGACCAUGUACCAAUUAUGUACACAAACAACAAGGCAACCCGUGGUGUGGUGCCCUCUGUUCCCCGAGUAAACAGCCACGCUCACUUCCAACCUGAGGAAGAAAGAGAAGUUGAGUAUUUCUUUGCAUCAGAUGCCUCUGCUGUAAUUGAACACACCAACAGAGUGCUUUACUUUGAAGAUGAUGAUGUUGCUCAUAUCAAAGAUGGUGUCCUCAGCAUUCACCGUCUCUCUGGCAGCAGCACUGACCCACAUCAGAGGGAAAUUUUCACUCUGAAGCUUGAACUACAACAAAUUAUGAAAGGCAACUAUGACUACUUCAUGCAAAAGGAAAUCUUUGAACAACCAGAGUCUAUUGUAAACACUAUGAGAGGCCGUCUUAACUUUGCUGACAGCACAGUGACCUUAGGAGGCAUUAAAGAUUACAUUCCUGAAAUAAAGCGAUGCAGACGAUUGAUGUUAAUAGGAUGUGGAACUAGCUACCACAGUGCUGUGGCUACUCGGCAGCUCCUAGAAGAGUUAACCGAGCUGCCUGUAAUGGUGGAGUUGGCUUCUGACUUCUUAGACAGGAAUACACCUGUGUUCCGUGAUGAUGUUUGCUUUUUCAUAUCUCAGUCUGGAGAAACUGCAGACACUCUCAUGGCUCUUCGAUACUGCAAACGUCAUGGUGCCCUCAUUGUUGGUAUAACUAACACUGUGGGAAGUUCCAUCUGUCGCGAAUCUCAUUGCGGAGUGCACAUCAACGCGGGCCCUGAAAUCGGUGUCGCGUCUACAAAAGCCUACACAUCACAGUUUGUAUCUUUAGUAAUGUUUGCUCUCGUAAUCAGCGAAGAUCGUAUUUCACUGCAAAAAAGACGUGCAGAUAUAAUUGAAGGGCUCCAUCAAUUGGACACCAAGAUUCGACAGGUGCUAGCUUUAGAUAAUGAAGUGAAGAAACUAGCUGAAGAUCUCUACCGUCAACGGUCUCUACUAAUCAUGGGUCGCGGAUACAACUUUGCCACUUGCCUGGAAGGUGCCUUGAAAGUAAAAGAAUUGACGUACAUGCACAGCGAGGGUAUUAUGGCCGGCGAACUUAAACACGGCCCGCUGGCAUUAAUUGACGACUCGAUGCCAGUUGUCAUGAUCGUAAUGCGCGACCCGGUAUACACAAAAUGCAUGAAUGCACUUCAACAAGUGACUGCCCGUCAAGGCCGUCCAAUCCUUAUUUGUGAAGAAGGUGAUAAAGACACAAUGGCAUUCGCGUCGAGGUGUCUUCAAAUACCUAAAACAGUUGACUGCCUCCAAGGAGUCCUGUCAGUCAUCCCUAUGCAGCUUCUCGCGUACCAUAUCGCUGUUUUACGUGACUGCAACGUCGACUGUCCUCGCAAUCUCGCUAAAUCGGUUACAGUGGAGUAGGUAGCUUCGUACUUUAAAAGCAUCUCCGUACAGCUAUAGUUGAUAGCAUUGUAUGUAUAGUUAAGUCAGAGAUGGUUAACUAAGUUGACGAAAAAUUAUUAUUACUCAGUAAUGGACCAAAAGAGUGUGGAUAAUAUUGUUGUGAAAUAAAUUCGACAAUACUUUGGUUAUACUGAGAGUUUUUGAACGAAUGAUUGGGAUUUUUAAAUUAGCUCAUCAUUAUGCAUGAUUGAUGAAUUGAAACUCAUCAAUCAAUGUACCAUACUAGGCACAUAAUGUGUAAUAGUGCUAGUAAUGUUAGGAACUGAUUGUAAAGUUAUGUUUAUAAUAUAUAUUUUAAUUGCUUUGUUUCCUGAUAUUUUUUAUACAUUCCGAAAAUUGGAAUCGAUAUUCUAACUAAAGAGUUCCAUUGACAUUCCAUUACUUUGUCAAUACGCGCCUAGUUGUUUGGGCCUAGCAUUUUAAUAGGUAUUAUGACUUUGCAGACUAGACGGAUCAAGGCCAUGCCUCUCGCUUGCAAACUUACCAUCUGCACAUACCGUAUCGCCGUAUGUUAAUAAAUUGCAAACAAAAUAACGUCUUUUUAGUUUUACGAGGAUAAGAUCAGCAGUACUUGCCAACUGUACCUACUACUAAGCUGAUAAUAUAAUUAUUAAACUUUAUUAUUGAACUAGAUGUAACGGACAUCCUCAAAUGUGUGUCAAUAUCUAUCAACGUUAUUACCACAUUUUUUUCGUAUUUGCUUUUAUAGUGAGAUUUGAUGACGUACUGUUCUUUUUAUUUUAUAAUGUCUACAUAGUCAUUAAAUCUGAGAAAAGAAACGUUACUAAUUUAGAACACGGAAAUUUUGAAUCAGAUUCUGGAAAAUGUGUAAAUAAUAAAUACCAGUUUACCAAUUUGAAGUCUAAGUUUGUUACUUAAAAUAUAAAAUGUAUAAUGAAAUACUGUGUACGAUAAGUAUUUACUAUCUUUAUAUCAACAAAAUUUAUUUUCCAUGUUUUAAAAUUUAUUUUUACAGAUGUUAUGACGUGAUAAGUGUAUAUUUUAUCAAUAAUCUGAUAGUCGAGAGUUAAAAAAAUAUUUCGAUCAGAUUGUUAUAUUUCUUUGAAUUUUAAAACAAAUAUAUAUUUGUAAGGAAAUCAACCUGUGGUCUGUAGGUAGCUAUAAAUAGAGACUCCGAAUCGAUACCUGUGUCGAUACUCAGGCAGAUAGGAAGACGAAUUUAAUUCGUCUACUAAUCCUGCGCUUACAUCAGUCCAAAGGGUUGGUUAUUUUUUUAAACAUCACAUUCUAUUGAGAUUUUUAGUAUGUACCUAUCUAUAUGUAUAAUUUGUAUAUACAUUAGAGUUAAUAUGUGCUAGAUUUAGAUUAUUAAUAUAUGAUUCAUUUAAAUUGAUGUACCUAUAUAUAAUGAAUCUAUCGUAUUAGAAUAAGUUACAUAUUAAAUAUAAUUAUAAUUUAAUGUGUCAAACAAUGUUUGAAAUACUCGAGUCAAUGAUGGUGUGUAUUACGUUGUAACUACAUCAGUUCAACAUUUGUGACGCCGAAUUGUAUGCCACUUUUACAAAGAAUUAGAUUCAACCACCAUUCAUUUCAAUUCUAGUUUUCGAUUAAGUUUGAAAACAAGGAAAUGUGAGAUAAGAACGCACUUAAUGAAUUUGAUAACGAGCGAUUACACUGACGUUAAAUUUUCAUAGUCGUAUUUCCUUGAAAUAGACGAGUAUCUGAAAAUAUAAAUGUAUUUAAUGCUUACCAAUGCAGUGUAACUUGGGGGCCUGCACUUCCUUCUGUGUUCUUCUUGUGUUGUACCUUGUUGUUUUUAUUUGUUUAACAUUAUUGCUUAUUCGGAAUGUAGGUACUAUAGUGCUCUCCCUUAAAUUAUA